AUUGUCUUAGUUUGCAACCAUGAGAACCUUAUUAUACCUCUGCAGUGUAUGCGUGUGCCUGGCUUACACCGCAGGACUGCCGUACUCAGCGAAGGACUCCGACACUGACUCCAAGCCAAGAAUGGUGACAGAAAACAUGAUACACGCUAAUCCUCGACUCAAACGGGGAUAUGGGGGUGGAUACGGUGGUGGUAGAGGAGGUGGUUUUGGAGGAGGUAGUGGUUCCGGAGGUGGUUACGGAGGUGGUUACGGAGGUGGUUACGGAGGUGGUUACGGAGGUGGUUACGGAGGUGGUUAUGGAGGUGGUUAUGGAGGUGGUUACGGAGGUGGUUACGGAGGUGGAUUCGGAGGUGGUUGGGGACGGUGA